AAAUUAAAGUGAUGUAUUACAGUGUGACAAAACAAAAAAUGGUAAAAAAGUGUGUGGCUUUGGAUUCUUGUAGCUGAAUAGUGGUUUUUCUUUAGAAUGGCAAAAGCAUCUGACCCUUUUCUUCUUUUAGUGUCUUUUUCUCACUCUAAAAAGAGUCUUUCUGUGUUGUUGGUGUGGGAGAGAUGAGGUUGUUGUUGCUACUGGCAGUAGUACUGUUGGUGGCCAUUUUGGCGAAUUUUUCAAGCUUUGUUAAUGGUGAUACAGAUCCAUCUGAUGCAUCUGUUCUGAGAGUCCUGUAUACCACCCUAAACUCACCAGGGCAGCUGACAAAAUGGAAUGCCAAUGGCGGUGAUCCUUGUGGAGAGUCCUGGACAGGCAUUACCUGCUCGGGCAAUAAAGUUACUGAAAUCAAGAUGUCAGGUCUUGGGCUCUCAGGUUCAUUGGGGUCUCAGCUAGAUAGUCUAAAAUCUGUGACCAAUUUUGACAUAAGCAAUAACAAUAUGGGGAGCCAGUUACCUUACCAGCUUCCUCCAAAUGUGCAAAGAUUAAACCUCGCUUCUAGUGGUUUUAGUGGUGGCCUCCCAUAUUCCAUUUCACAGAUGACCUCCCUCCAGUACUUAAAUGUCAGUCAUAAUCAAAUUCAAGGAUCAGUGGUUGUCUCGUUUGACUCGCUCUCUGCACUCAACACAUUGGAUUUCUCUUUCAAUUCUAUGACGGGUAAUCUUCCUCAAAGCUUCCAGUCACUAACUAGUAUGAACAAAAUGUAUUUGCAGAACAACCAGUUUAGUGGAACUAUUGACGUCCUGGCCAAUCUUCCCCUCGGAAAUCUGAAUGUUGAAAACAACCAAUUUACUGGCUGGAUUCCAGAUCAGCUUAAAGGGAUAGUGCAAUCAAAUGGUAAUUCAUGGAUCUCUGGACCUGCACCCCCACCUCCACCUGGCACACCUCCUGCAAACAAUCCCAAUGGAGAUCACAAAUCCAGAGACAACAGCAGCAAUUCGGGCAGUAGGAAAUCAGGUAUAGGGGGUGGAGGUGUUGCAGGAAUAGUGAUAUCUAUUCUAGUUGUUGGAGCAAUAGUAGCAUUCUUUAUUAUCAAGAAAAGAUCAAGAAGGUCGUCCACAGACAUAGAAAAACUUGAUAAGCAGCCACUUGCUCCUCUUACUCCACAGAAAGUAGAAGAGUUGAAACCUUAUCAAACCUUCUCCACAGUAAGCAUGGGCACAUUUGAAACUCCCACUGCUGUAACUCUAAGACCUCCACCUAUUAAUCGCCUUAAGUCCUUUGAUGAGGUUGACAUGUCACCGAAACCCAUUGUUCCUCCCAAGAAAAUUAAUACAGCUCAAAUCAGGGCUACACAGUUUUCAAUUGCAGACCUACAGAUUGCUACUGAUAGCUUCAAUGUUGAAAACCUUAUUGGCGAGGGAUCAAUUGGGCGUGUUUAUUGCGCUCAGUUUGAUGAUGGCAAAGUUCUUGCUGUCAAGAAAAUCAAUUCUUCUGCCCUCCAAAAUCAUGAAGAUUUUCUCUAUAUAGUUUCUGAGAUAUCACAGUUGCACCAUCCAAAUAUAAUUGAGCUUGUUGGUUAUUGUUCAGAGCAUGGACAGUACUUGCUAGUUCAUGAAUUCCAUAAAAAUGGUUCUCUGCAUGAUUUCCUGCACCUGUCAGAUGAAGACAGCAAGCCACUGGCAUGGAAUAGCCGAGUCAAGAUUGCACUUGGUGCAGCACGAGCACUAGAGUAUCUGCAUGAAGUUCAUUCACCAUCAUUGGUUCAUAAAAACAUUAAAUCGGCAAAUAUUUUACUUGAUCUGGAACUCAAUCCUCAUCUAUCAGAUUCUGGAUUAGCAAGCCUUAUUAAUGAUGCAGAUCAGGCACUAAACCAUAAUACAGGGUCUGGAUAUGGUGCACCUGAGGUAGCUAUGUAUGGGCAAUGCACCAUAAAAAGUGAUGUCUACAGCUUUGGAGUUGUUAUGUUGGAACUUCUUACCGGACGGACACCUUUUGAUAGUGAGAGACCAAGAUCUGAACAAUCUUUAGUUAGAUGGGCAACGCCACAACUCCAUGAUAUUGAUGCCUUAGCUAAGAUGGUUGAUCCAGCACUCAAAGGGCUCUAUCCUGUUAAAUCCAUUUCCCGCUUUGCUGAUGUAAUUGCUCUUUGUGUCCAGUCUGAGCCUGAGUUCCGGCCACCUAUGUCAGAAGUGGUUGAAGCCUUAGUUCGGCUAGUUCAACGAGCAAAUAUGAGCAAGAGGACAUAUAGUAUUGAUCGGGGUUCAAGGGGUGAAACAGAUGCUCUAGACAACCAACCUUAGUUCCGAUGUAAUGUAGCCUUUUCUACCAGAAUGUCUCUCUUUAUAGUUUGUUGUUUAUGGGAUCUAUCAGCUUAUCUGUUCAGCAAGAUCUUGUUGGUUGCAUUGGUUGUACACACUGCUAGAUACUAAAAUCUGUUCAUAGUGCAUAUUCAAUUUUCAUUUUUCCCUGUA